AUAGAUCGCACAUUGACCAAAGGAAGAUAAUGAAAAAGUUUAUUGCAAAGGCGACCAUUCUCGCCAGAAUGGCGGCUAUGAGACUAAACAGGCCACUUGCAACUAAAACACGUACGGAUGAAAAAUCACUUGAGGCGUCAAUAAGAGCAGUGGAUCUACUUAAAAGGUUCGUAGAUAUUUUGGAAAUAGCCCAAGUCAUACAUCACAAAACACUGAUACCAUCAAUCGGCAAAUUGGUCGGAGCUACCGAAGAUGAAAUCGCAAAGGCAGGUAAUAAUGCUAAACAAAAUCAGGGUAUACUAAAGCCAAUAGAGAGAAUACACAACCUCCACGAAGAAGAAUGGCGUAUACUAAAACCUGGAAAGGAGCGUGAAACCAGGCACCUGAGGUGGAGAAAGUGAACUCCAUUUAAAUAUCAAUUUUAACUUGUCGAAUUACUUAUCUAUAUUACGGUAUUGCAAAACUUGCG